AAAAAUGAAUAUAACUUCGCCAGAGGCAUUGUUGUGACAAAACGGGUUUUUGCCUGUUACUAUCAAAAAUUAAAAUCCUUAUAUCUCGAUCAAAUCUCAUGCUGACUGAAGGAAAUUUUCAGGAAACGCUCAGGACGGCUCAUAAGCAUAAUUGAAGACGAAAAAGGUGAAUUUCAACCGGGCAUUGUUUUAAGGUUUUCCAGAAACCUUCUGAAAAAUCUCAAAGCGUCAGUGUCCUGCUGGACCACUUUUUCAGCGUGAUCAACAAUAUAUGGCACCCUUUAAGUCUUUCCUGAAAGGCUCCUUGACUCAGCGUGAGAUUUGAUCGAGAUAUAAGGAUUUUAAUUUUUGAUAGUAACAGGCAAAAAACCGUUUUGUCACAACAAUGCCUCUGGCGAAGUUAUAUUCAUUUUUGCACAACAGCAAAUGUGGCCACUAUGCUGAGCGUAGUCGAUUACCUAUACUCCAUGGCAUUUCGAGAUUUCCAGAGAUUUCUGCUCGGAGACAGAUACGUGCUCGGGGAAAGCGAGCUUUGUCCGAACGAAGAUAGCUGGAGAGCCGGGACUUGCAUAAUUUUGUAGAGUAACGUCCGAACUAUCUACACAUGUAAAAAAAUUACUAAUAUUAUAUGUUAGUUUUCUGAGAACGGAGCUGGUUUUCCAAAGAUCCUCUGGAAACCCGAUCUUUGAAAUUUUUUCAAAAGUUGUUUUCCCUUGCGAACAGUUCUGCUCAAGUCUUGACUAUCGAAUAGCGAAAUCGCAGGUCUCUAUCUCAUUCCUAUAGAAAGUUAUUCAAAAAACAGUCAGCCGCACUAUAUUUUGGUAUGGUAAUUAUAAUGAGCCACCUCUAUAUAAAAAACAGGUCUACGUUUUCAAACUACCUAUUAAAACAGUUAACAAGCGUUCAGAAACCCUUUUCGGCAUUUAGAAUUCUAAAGACAGUUUUAUGAAUACGCUAAAAAGCUUUCUCCAGAAUGUACAGGUAGGAGUACACUUGAUCCGUCGAUGAAUUUUUACUCUACAUCAGGUUAUGAAUGCUCGGGAACAGAAUAUUUUUAAUGAGGAUUCAUUAAGGCAUAGAUCCUGCAUAAUAUCUGUAUAUGGAUAGGCAAUAUUCGAAAAACUAAUAGCACAGUAUAAAAAAAGGAAUUUUCUGUCCUUGAGUAGUGAGUUUCAAAAUCGUAAAAAUUUUGUAAGAUUCCUUCUAAGUCUUUGCUCUUUAUUCAGAAAAUAUUAUGGGUCUACUCGCAAUGUUCAAAAAGUGAAAAAGAUUUUCGAUAAGGUUUAUGUAACAUCUUCGGUGUCCAAAAAAAUGUGCUGUUUUUGGAGUACUAGAAAAUCGUUUAGUUUGUUUAAUUUUCAUUGUUAUACCCGAGCUCCAAUAUCUUCAAAAUAGUCUUAGUUUCUCAAAUCCCAUUUAGCCAUUGUCAGUCUGGCCUAUACUAACAUUCUCAUGCAAAAAACACGUCUAUUCGGUUUGAUUGAGCGGAUUUCCAAUUGUAAUCUGAAUCUCUCCCUUUGUUAAGUUCUGGCCCUAAUCAAUGGCGUGAUAAUGUUCUUCCCAGAAAAAUUCUAUAUGAUGUUUGUAAACGGAAUAAUUUGCCAGCGCCAGUAAUAACAGGCGCGGAUACCAUGAAAAUUGGUGACAAUAUAUUUCGUCUUGCUGACUUUGAACAGGGCAAACAUUUGACAAUCCAUGUUGGUAUUCCUAUCGAACGUUUAGCUUUAUAUGUUUUACACAAAUUAAGUUUAUGUCCGGAACAUGUCGAAACUCGACCGCUCUAUAAUCUAUUGCAACCAGAAAUCGAACAGGGACGUUUGGAAUUAUUUGUUGAUAUAUUUCCAAAAUCGCAAGGACCACCCGGUUUACCACUUGCAAUACAGCCAAGACAGCCAAAACCUUUUGUAUUACGCUGUAUUGUUUGGAAUACAAGUGACGUUAUUUUACAAGAUGUAUCAAUAAUGGGUGAAAAGAUGUCGGAUAUUUAUGUGAAGGGAUGGCUAAGUGGAUUAGAAGACGAUACACAGAAAACCGAUAUACAUUAUAGGUAAGUACCCUAGACAUCCACUCUUAUAUAAGGAUCUUAUAAGGCACUCACAAGAAACAUACAAAAUACUUAUCAGCUUUUUAUAAGUUUCUGAUAAGAUUCUUAUAUAAGAUGCUGCACGGGAGUGAUAAGAAAUUCACUAGUUCUGACAAGAUUCUUAUAAGAAACUUAUAAGAUAUUCAUAAGAAAGUAACAAGCGGUCUUGUCACUUUCUUAUGAAUAUCUUAUAAGAAUCUUAUCAGUUUCUUACCAAUUUCAUAUGAACUUCCUAUAAACUUCUUAUCUGAUUCUGAC